AUGGGUUUUCUGGGAAACUUCCAGGAGAUCGACCCUGUCACUUUGAACCUUUGCAUCCUCAUCGCCAGCUACGUUAUCUUGCUCUUGGUCUUCCUGAUAUCAUGUAUCAUGUACGACUGCCGGGGCAAAGAUCCGACCAAGGAGUACGCCCCGGACCCGCAGCCGACCCAGUCUCCCAUCAGGCUGGUGGUGAUGCAGAACUCUCCAGCCCCAGUGGGACGGUGGGACACGACCAACAUGAUCACAACCUUUCACGAGCCGACGCACUCUGACUUCAGGGAGAAGAAGAGCACGAUGGUUUGA